AUGGGAGAUGGCAGAGGUCUUACCAUUAUUUCUGACCAGUAUAAGGGUUUGGUAGAAGCUGUUAAAGAAAGAGCACCAGCAUGUGAGCAUAGGCAAUGUGCUAGACACAUCUAUACUAACUUUAAGAAGAAAUACACAGGUGUUGAGUUUAGAAAGUUAUUCUGGAGAGCUGCAAAGUCCACAACCGAGUCAGCUUUCCGAUCUUAUAUGAGGGAAAUCAAUGCGAUGUCCACACAUGCUUAUGAUCACCUAAUGGAAAAAGACCCAAAGACAUGGUGCAAGGCAUUUUUUGAGCUUGAUAGGUGUUGUGAUGCUAUGGAAAAUGGAAUAUCAGAAUCUUUUAAUGCAGCAAUUGUAGAGGCCAGGAAAAAACCUAUUAUAUCAAUGUUGGAAGAAGUCAGAGUGUACGUGAUGGAGAGGAUGUACAAACAAAAAGGGAAGGGGGAAAAUGGAACUUGGAUAUAUGUCCUUCCAUUAGAAGGAGGAUUGCGAAAUUUAAAGAACAAUAGAGGUAUUGGGAUGUUACUCCAAGUGGCGUAUGUUGCAGUUUGGUUCACAACGAAUAUGUUUGGAAGUUGCUAUAGAUAUAACGUGAAACCAACUAAUGGAGCUGACAUGUGGCCGGAAACAGAUGAACAACUACCUGAGGAGGUUGGGGCUGAAGAAGAAGUGGUUGCUGAGGAGGUUGGGGUUGAAGAAGUAGUGGUUGCUGAGGAAGUUGGGGUUGAAGAACAAGUGGCUGCUGAGAAGGUUGGGGCUGAAGAAGAAGUGGCUGCUGAGGAGGUUGGGGCUGAAGAAGAAGUGGUUGUUGAGGAAGUUGUUGAGCAAAUGGUGGCUGAUGAGCAACCAAAUGAGGAGCAAGCAGCUGAACAUGUAGUUGCUCAACAUGUACAAGUUGUUGCUAAAAAGUGUAAUAGGAGAAAGGGUGGUCCUUCUCAUAGGAUCACAAAGCUUAAGUUAAUGAGAAAGGUGGUUACAAAAGAUGGAAGUGGGUCAAGUAUUGAAAAUCCAGUCACCUUAAUCUAG